AUGUAUUCUGAAAUCGAGAUGGGAAUGACGAUGGAUAAGAGUAAAGAGAUAAGUACACCGAUCUAUCGAUAUUCGAGUGUCAACCCCAAUGUAGCAGCAGUGGAAAAACAACAGACAGCACGAGAAAUCUUCAGAGAGAUGAAGACAACGACAAUAGGAUAUGCCAAGAAUUUUGCUGCAAUCGGAUGUGUUUUUUCUGCAGUCGAGUGCUGCAUUGAAUCUUACCGUGGGAAAACCGACUGGAAGAAUGGUACAUACGCCGGUGGCUUGACUGGAGGUCUCAUAGGUCUCAGAGCUGGUGUAAAAGCUGGUAUUAUCGGUGCUGCUGGCUUUGCAGCAUUCUCCACAGCCAUCGAUUAUUACAUGCACAAAUGAGCCACAUAAUGUACAUAAUGAAUACAUAAUUCUUUAAAUGAAAUAAAUGCUUACAUAAGUACUGAGAUAAUAAACCUUAAACUUCAA